GGCUGACAAAUAGCUCCGAGACCCUCCACGGCUCACACACGCACACACACACACACACACACACACACACAAACACAGACAGUGGGCAUGACCACGGCAGGGUUCGGGAUUUUUUUGGUCAAAGUUUUGCUCUCCGUUCCGGUUUUAUCUCCAAAAAGAACCAAAUCCGACCAGAAGUAACGAACCCGGCAGAGGACGCACAGACGCGCAGAGAAGUCGGCUACCUGUACUUGGUAUUUGUGGCUUACCCAGAACCCGAGGAUAACUUUGGUCCACAGUGCUGAUCUCUCCGGACUAUAGAGGCACCACAGAGGGAAUAUGACAGCUGGCUUUAGGCCAUUGAGGGAGUGAGAAUCUGUGUACGCGCUCGGUUUCUGUGAAGGUGACCGCACAGCCAGAUUAUGCAGCAUCCUCUGGACAUGGGGGCGCAUUACUAUCCUCCGGAGAUUCACCCGGACCACAGAACGCAUCGCUACAGGAGUUUCAUGAUCGAGGAGAUCCUGACUGAUCACCCGGAGCACAAAGCGUCGGCCCCGGGUGGGGAGUUCCUUAAAUUCGGGGUACACGCUCUGCUGUCCGCCCGGCCUUUCCACAACCAACUGGUGCUAAAAGCGGACCAGACGAGCCUCCUCAAGUUCCCCAUAUCUCCGCUGUCCUGCUCGCUGGGCUCUCCGCUCGGCUCACCGCUGCUAUCCGCGGCUACGGGCCUGCAGGUCGGGGCGGCUUCUCACCACCUGCCGCUGGAUCUGCACCUCCGCGGGAAGCUGGAGCACGGAGGAGACGGAGGCAGCAAGACCAAGAAGGGCCGCCGGAGCCGCACCGUGUUCACCGAGCUGCAGCUGAUGGGCCUGGAGAAACGCUUCGAGAAGCAGAAGUACCUGUCGACGCCUGACAGAAUAGAUCUAGCUGAGUCUCUGGGACUCAGUCAGCUCCAGGUGAAAACAUGGUACCAGAACAGAAGGAUGAAGUGGAAGAAAAUUGUGCUGCAGGGAGGAGGCCUCGAGUCACCGACUAAACCCAAAGGCCGUCCAAAGAAGAACUCCAUCCCCAGCAGUGAGCAGCUUUCCGAACAAGAAAGAUCCGCCGCAGACCCUGACCCCCAGUCCGAAGGCUCCAGCUCCCACUUAGAGAGCACUCAGGAGGAAUGACCCUGGGCCCUGAAGGCCCAACACAUACUCACAUGACUGUAUAUGCAGAAGCUUUGGGACGCUCAGUUUGUAUGUUUUGGAUGGGGCCAGAUUCCACAGGAGAGGAGGAUGCUCCUGAAAGCUGGACCGUGUGGACUCGCAGGGCCCCGCAGAAACCUGACAUCCUCCAGCAGCCAUGCGCUGCUGUCGUAGCCCCACCAUGCACUGCCUCAUGGUGACUUUGCUGCUGUUGAGGAGGGAACUCAAACCUUUGCAGUAGGUCUACCCUUUAUAUUCUAAGGAUCCACUCUCACUCGUCUGUUUUUGCAUUCCUUUUUGUGUA